AACAUCUCUAACUUAUAGUGUAAUGGCGGCUCUAGUCAUCACUGCUAUCGUUUCAUGUGUGUGAAUGAUUAAAUUAAUAAGUUUUGUAAAAAUAUGUGUUUUAAGUGUUGUGAUUAAUUGAAAUGUGAUAUAAACCCGUACACUAUUAUUUCAUCAACCCUUGUAAUUCUUUAAUUUUCCAGUACGGGCAAAGGAAGACGAAAUGUCGAGUGAUGAGGAUAAACCACCUGCGCCGCCGGUCCGGCUCACUAGCAACCGAGCCACGGAUCGUGGCGAUUCUGUAGCCUCUGUGGAUAUGAGGCCUCUUCCAAAAGAACCUGAUGAUGGAGGUGAUAGAAAGAAGAAGACCUUGAAAGCUAAAAUAAAAGGCUCUAAGAGUACAGCUCACAAUGACAACAAACCAAAUAUUAGCUAUCCAACUAACUUUGAACAUACAGUUCAUGUGGGUUUUGAUGCAGUCACUGGAGAGUUUACUCUGCCUAUGACAGGCAUGCCGGAGGCGUGGGCGCGGCUACUCAUGGCCGCUAACAUAAGCAAGCAAGAGCAGAAGAACAAUCCUCAAGCCGUUUUAGACGUGCUCAAGUGGUAUGACGCGUCCGCAACUCAGCCGCCACCUUCCAAAUACAUGACAUCGGCGCAGAUGCACACCACGCACUCGGGAUCGUCCGUAUCCCGAGUAUCAUCCAGCAGUCCAUCAUCGUCGACGCCCACGGACACAGAACACCCCGAACCCCCACCGCCACCACCUUCACGACCAGACCGCACCAAAAGUAUUUAUACGAAACCUAUCGAGGAAGAGGAGGCACCACCUCCGCGACCGACACCCGCGCCCGCUUCGCCACCACAUGUACCACAUCCUGCCCUUACUACACAUUCAAUUUGCAGUCGAGCGGAGGUGGGUUCCGGCGGCGUGCUGGACCGCAACAAGAACCCGGCGGGCGCCCCGCUGGCCGCGCUGGCGCCGCACACGCCGCCGCCGCACGCACCGCACGCGCCGCACGCGCAGCCCGCGCCCAACGGCGCGCCGACCAACACAGAUACCGGAAGAGCAACAGCCCAGCAGCAAAGAAAAAAGAAAAUGACUGAUGAAGAAAUAUUAGAGAAAUUAAGAACUAUUGUUAGUGUUGGUGAUCCCAAUAGAAAAUACACUAAAAUGGAAAAGAUUGGUCAGGGUGCAUCAGGAACAGUGUAUACAGCAAUAGAAACGUCAACUGGUAUGGAAGUAGCAAUCAAACAAAUGAACCUAAGUCAACAGCCUAAGAAAGAACUUAUCAUCAACGAGAUCCUCGUGAUGCGGGAGAACAAACAUAACAAUGUAGUCAACUAUUUGGACAGUUAUCUAGUUAAUGAAGAAUUAUGGGUAGUAAUGGAAUACUUAGCGGGUGGAUCUCUAACGGACGUGGUGACGGAGACGUGUAUGGACGAGGGACAGAUCGCCGCCGUGUGCCGCGAAGUGUUGCAAGCCUUACACUUCCUGCACACCAACCACGUCAUACAUCGAGACAUCAAAUCUGACAACAUAUUGCUUGGACUUGAUGGACAAGUUAAACUGACUGAUUUUGGUUUCUGCGCUCAAAUAUCUCCUGAACAAAAUAAACGAACAACAAUGGUGGGCACGCCUUAUUGGAUGGCGCCUGAAGUUGUUACGCGGAAGCAGUAUGGGCCUAAGGUGGAUGUAUGGUCACUGGGUAUAAUGGCAAUUGAAAUGAUAGAAGGUGAGCCGCCAUAUUUGAAUGAAAACCCCUUGCGUGCGCUAUAUUUAAUAGCAACGAACGGGAAGCCAGACAUCAAGGACAAGGAGAAGCUCAGCACUGUCUUCCAGGACUUCCUCGACCAGUGCCUCGAGGUGGACGUCGAGAGGCGUGCCACCGCUCUCGAUUUAUUAAAGCACCCCUUCCUAAAAAUGGCGCGGCCCCUGGCGUCGCUUACUCCCCUGAUCAUGGCAGCCAAAGAGGCGGCCAAGGGCCAUUAGCGGCGGCCGGCGGCGCCCCCCGCGCCCCCUUAGCGCCCUCAGUGCCUACCGGUGGACUCCACGCCCGCACCACUCGCACGUGACUCACUCGGACGCGCGUGCGAUCAGUGCCCCACCAUGUGGAUAUCUGUGACGAAACCUAAUUAGAGAGCAAUAUCUAUUUUACAUGUAAAACUGCUGCCGAUUGAAUAUAAUAGAGGUAAUAUUUUUACAAGAGAAGAGAUCGAUAAUAAAGUGCAGUCCACUAACUUUAAAUCGUUGUAGUGUUGUGUAGUAGCGUUAUAUGUUCUGUUAGCGAGGUGAUCUCUUAUUGACGUGUUUCUUUUGACUGUUGUACGGUAAGAUCGGAUAGUGUAGAUAGAUAUUAGAAGUUUAGAUACGAAUAAUUGAAAUAAUACGAAAUAUGAUAGCUGCAAACGAAGACUGGCAGAUGUUUAGGCGACCUUGUAAAGUAUAAAUAGUACAGUAGAGGCGUUACGUUAGUAUCGGUUCAGCUUAUACACUGUGAUGCUAGUUGUUGGGGCAGUUAGUCGGAAACACAUCAAUACGGAGGCGGACCGCGGCACUGAUUGGAAGGUGACCGAGUGAAUGGAAAUAUCAUUUCAUUCGAUUUUACGUGUAUUCCUAUUUCGAAAUAUUUUAUUUUUAUUUUUAAUGUUUGUUAGAGCAUUGUUUGGUACAUAGUAAGCAUUUUAUCGGGAACUGAGUGUAGCUCAUAUAAUUUGUAUCACAUAAUACACUGAUGGCUUAUAUGUUGCUUAUUUGCUUUUGAUAGUACUAGUUUAGUGAUAGUUUUAUGUAUGAUAAUUGUUAAUUUAUUUAAAUUUGCUUAUGGCUUUUAAUUUACGUUUUUUGAGAUUAUAUUAUUAUAUUAUUAUUGGUGAAGCAGUUAAUUCAAUAACCAAAUUGAUUAUUUUACUUGUUAAAGAAAUACGCCAAAAAUAUUAUUUUCAUUAGACAUUUGACGCGUGACGUAAUCAUUAUUUUACAUUGACAUUUUAAAGACCAUUUAUUGUUAGUCAUGAGGUGAAGCAUUUACAUAGUAUUAAGUUUGUAAAGUCUAUUCAGCUGAUUUAUGUUAGCUAAGAGAAAGAGAAAUAUAUCGGUGAUCGUCUCCUUUUAUGGCACAAACAGUGAGUAUUUAUUAGAGCAAGAAAUAAGUAAAUUACAUGUGUGCAGAUUAUUAGAUAUUAAUAGAAAAGUAGACAUACGAUUCAUUUAACGAUAAGAGUUAUGUUAUAUCGCAUUAUCGUUACGACAAUAGUAGGAAGUAUGGGAUUCAGUAAUAGAUAUCGAUUAUUUGUAUUAACGAUUGAAGUAUUUUAUUUACGUUAGUAAGACUUGGCAAGUUGUCUCUCUGCUUUUACUGUUUAGGUUGUGCCGACAGAUGCUGUUAAAUUUUGUUUUAUUUUGGUAUGUAUUCACUAUUUUAAAUGUGAGAGAGUUGCGUGAGUGAAUGAGCGACGCGCGACGUGUAUGUAAUGCGUAUGUGACGUGAUAAUUAUGGUUCGGAGGCCGCAGCGCCUGCAGCUCGGGCGGGCCUCGCGUAUAUUGUACAGACACAAUUUAGAGUCGAGUAGAACUACUCAUUGACAAUAUGAACGUGACCAAUUUACGCUAUCUAGAAUCUGUGCAGUCCAGGUUGGUGCAUUGUAUGACUUGCUGUUAUGGUCAUCUUUACUCAUUUCUUACGUUCGCGUUAUGGUUUUACUCAAUAAUUGAAGUUGUAAUCGUUUCUCUAUAUGCAUUGAUGAUUAUUUAUGAUUUGAUAAGGUUUUACUUUUUACUUGCAACCAUUGUUAUGAAUGAGUUUGUAAUAGGUUUAUAAUUACUCGCAUUUAUUUUAAUUUACAAGAAAAUAUUUAUAUUAUCCACUUCCCUUUAAAACGCAGCGCAGUUAUAAGUAAACCGCACAAUUGACUAAUAUAUUAUUGUAGAUAGUUAUCAAAUUGGAAUAAUAAGGUUAAUCAAUCAUCAAAAUACGGCCUAAGACAAAGUUAUUUAAUAAUUAAAAUAAUUUGUCGAGUCCAUUACAAUACAGAGUGCACCAACCCAUACCAAAUUGUGCAAUAAUGUAGAAAUGUAAAAAUUAUAGCCAAACUUCAAGAGAGCUUGAACAAAGUUAUUCAGUAUCUAUAUUACUAAAAUAUUGUAAGAAGUGUAUUAACUACAUAAUGUGAUCAUGAAGAUGAAUUUGAGUAUGCAUAGAAUGUUAUGUUGAGAAAAUAACUGUAAUUAUGUAUGUAGUAUAAGUUGAAAAUGUAUUAAUUAUUGUAAUAGGUAACUGAACAAGACAUUUAAUGUGGUUCCAACAUUUUUCAUGUUUUUUGACAGUUGUAAAACACCAGUGCCAUGUAUGAGCAACUUGUGCAUAUAAAUUACCUACUACCAUACUAUAAUAAAAGACUCACCAUGAUUA